UACAAUUUUAACGCGGUGCUGCAGAGGCCAGAGCUUUAAUUGUUGUUGGUGUCUGAGAGUGCUCUGCUCUCCAUCUCCAAAGUUUUUAACUUGCUCAAUUGCUCAGAGUCAAGCGUCAAGUUGGAAAUGGAAGGGGAGGAGCUGACCGAACAGGAGACCGCAUUAUAUGAUCGCCAGAUUAGGGUUUGGGGUGCUGAUGCUCAAAGAAGACUUAGCAAAUCUCAUAUAUUAGUAUGUGGAAUGAAGGGGACCAUUGCUGAGUUUUGCAAGAAUAUUGUGUUAGCAGGAAUUGGUAGUCUAACAUUGAUGGAUAAUCGCGUAGUUACUGAGGAAGCACUAAAUGCAAAUUUCUUAAUACCACCCAAGGAGGGUGGAUAUAGUGAGAAAACUCUUGCAGAGAUUUGUUGUGAUUCUCUGAAAGAAUUCAAUCCAAUGGUCCGUGUUUCUGUAGAAAAAGGUGAAUUGUCAACCUUCGGUGCUGAAUUCUUUGAUAAAUUUGAUGUCGUGGUUGUUAGUUGCUGCUCUCUUGCAACAAAAAAAUCGGUGAAUGAGAAAUGUCGUAAAUUAUCAAAGCGUGUGGCGUUUUAUACAGUUGACUGUAGAGACUCUUGUGGGGAAAUAUUCGUCGACCUGCAGAACUAUAAAUAUACCAAGAAAAAGCUUGAAGAAACUUUUGAAUAUGAAUUGGCAUUUCCAAGUUUCGAGAACAUGCGUCUGCUGGGGAGGACAGGGUGCAGUGGAAGCUGGAUAAAAGUGGUGUCUUUUCUGUCAAAUCUUAUUACAAGCACUUAACUGACAAAAACAAUG